CGAAUUUAAAAUUUUGGUUGAACUAUUAGACCUUCCAAGUUGAAUGGAACACAGCAUAUUUAUACAUAAAGGACUAAUAACUUAAAGUGAAUAACAUUAAAAAAAAAAAAAGAACAAUACAAAUUGUAUGGCGUCUUAAUUUUUAUCAGUUGGUAAUUAAUUGGAUCUUAAUGGGAGAAUGGGAGAAAUUGAAUAGUACAGUAAGUAAUUUGUGAGAUCAUCCAAAAAGGAAAGUUGGUUCAGAGGCGGAGCAAGUUAUACUGUAUUGACAAACGAGUACAAAGUCAAACCUGUGUUUUUUUGGAAUAUCAUGCACUGAGGAGUCAUGCAUAAUAAGAUCAGGAAUUUGCAUGAUGUAUUUAACGUUAAAAUAAUGCAGCGUUUACGUUGUAUUUACGAAAUGUCAACUUUGAGAUUCUACUCGGAGCUCUUCACGUCAUGAAACUUCGGAAGUAAUGUUUCUAUGGCAACACUCAAAGCGCAUUUGUUGUUGCAAAGUCUUUAAGAACAAAGCGCUUCAAGUAACAAUGGCAUAAUAAAAUGGCAUUUGUUCACUACCUUUAACUGUUGAGGUCAUAGAAGUUCGGCAUUCCUAGAAUUGCGAGUGCACAAUUUGUAAGCCAUGAAGAAUUAUAUGAAGAUGCGUACACUUAAUAACAGUAAUUGUCUCCUAUCCAAGGUUAAUACGCUAAUAAACUAUACGACAUCUCAUAGCCCUGAAGCUCUAUCAGACAGUGCUAAAAUUCUGACCUUCAUCUUUAAUAAAGUAAUUACGGUCAGUUUUGAUUUCAUGUUGACUUUAACAGGACCAGUUAACAAGACACUGGUAAACAAUCAGGGCAGGAAGAAAUGAACAAAGACAUGACAUGAACAAGCACCCAAGCUUCAAAAUAAAAGACAUGACCUAACCGAACAAAACAACCAGAGCUGUGGUAACGAUACUGUAUCUGUGUGCGGUUUGUGUGUGGACAUAUCCAAGCAGUGAGUGUCGUGUGCACAUGCACACACUCUCUCUCUCUCUCACACACACACGGGGCUCAAUUUAAGUUUUGUUCACACCCCUAGCUUACACCUCCUUUCCUCCACCACCUCACAUACUUCACAUACACUUCUCACACUCCUUCCAUACACAGUCCUCAUUCUUCUCUCUCUCUCUCUCUCUCUCUCUCUCUCUCUCUCUCUCUCUCUCAGCACGCCCUCCGUUUUUCUUCAUUAGUAAUUGGAUUCUAUUUUCAGGCAGCUGUAUGAGUCUUUCUCUUGUGUUUAUGUCUCACACCCCCUCUCUCUCUCACACACAUAUUCUUGUCUACAUCUAACAUUCUUCUCCAUGCUUGUUUGUCUCUUGGUGUUUGUCCUGCAACUUCCUGAUGCCCUUAACUAGAGUAACCAGUGGUGCCAGUGCUAGCUCAGCCCUAUGCCAGCUCAUGAAAGACACCAUGAAAUCAAAAUUGAUCACAUUUAUGUUCUUAAUGCACAUUCUUGGUCUCAUCGUGUAUUGUGUUCUUUCAUAAAAUGUAAAAACUUGCUCCGCCUCUGAAAGGUCUUUUUUUCGGCUGAUGUGGGUGAUUCUCAUGUACCUGUAAUAUAUACUGUAUAUAUAUUAUAAUUUGCAUUUACCCCCUCAUUAGUGCAACUGUGGUUCGUGCUAAGCAUCAUGGGAUGUAGGAAAAAGGUGGAUGGCCAAUAGCCAAGAACACAUACUGUUCACGAUCCAGUCAAUUCCUGAUUGAUGAAAUCAAGCCCAACCCUACAGUAUAUUUUCACUGAAAUCCGUCACAUUACUGAAGUUAAAAGUGUUGUGAUUGGCAUAUCAAUUUGACUUAAACGUACGGAUGGUUAUCUUACGUUUCAUCUUACGGAAGAAUAUUAAGGGAAAUGUUUACAGGUGUGAGUAGGCAAAACUCAAGCUGAAGUUUCAGAGGGGGGUUUGACACAUUUUUGAUAUCAGAAGGAGCCUCUGAAACAAGGCUAAUGAGUGAGAGAUGUAAUUGCAAAGGGAGGGGAGGACAAAAGAAUGAGGGAUGAAAAGGAUGCACUUGGUUGGCUGUUGAAGAAACACAGGGCCGUGGUAUCAGGCAAGCAAAUUUACGACACAAAAGAGAGGAGAGGGAUGAGUAGACGAAUGUAGAUACAAAGAACACUCGAGAGAUGGGAGGCUCUCAGCAGACCAAAAAACAUGAUCCUUGAAGAACCGUUGGCGGACGACUUACGGCGCACACACACCGCAUCGAUCUAGUCAUUCUGGACAUAUAUUGCGUUCCUGUCAGUCGGGGACAGUAGUGGGCCGGAAACAGGCCGCGCACAUCUCGCAGACGCACAUGCACGAUCUCCGCUUACCGUCCGCGCAAGGCAGACUCGCUUGGGCCGGGAACGGACACGCACAUGCUCACACGCUCCUGCAGGCACAUGCAGACCAGGGCGGCUGCGGUCUCAUUUGGUGCCUGUGUUACGUUGGCUACUGUCUUUGUCUGAUGCUUCCAUCCUUUUUUCUGCUUCUCCACCUUUCCCCGCCCACAUCUCACCCGGCUCCGCCCGUUUCCCCUCCUCCCUCCCCUACUUCAUCCGACGAUGAUUCCUUUUCAUCUCUGGCUGUUCCGUUGUGCCCCCAUCACCCCCUCUUCCUCUCAAUUUCUGCCUCUCCCCUCCUCAAUCAAUUCCCUCUUUGCUUUCAACUUGUCCUCGACUCUGCCUCCAUGCCAUUCUCCAUCUCCUACCCCUUUUCCGCCCCUAUCCAAAUCUUUCUCCUCUCCAAUUUGUUCUGGUCCCACCUCCAUUCCUCCGUUUCUCGCCCCUCCCUCUGCCUCUCUCGCCCGUCCUAUUCUCGCUCUCUGCCUACCCUUCUGCUCUGCCCGCACAGUUUGGCCGACCACGCCCUCUCCUCGACUGCAACCAUGGACUAUUUUCCUUCAUCGGGGGAGACGCCUCGGCCCCGGACGUUGCUACGCCAGCAGAGCCUCCAGCAGCCGUUGAUCCACGCUCCAGCCCUGAGUAUGGCCAGCAGACCUCCCAUCUCCCAGAGUUUGGGUCAGCUGCACACACAACCAGGGAGUGGAGCGGGAGGGGGUGGGGGCGCCGGGCCAGGAGGAGGGGGCGGGGCUGGAGGCGGGGUUGGUUCGCACUCUUCCAGGAGCAGUCCGGCAGGUGGAGGAGCUUCACGCUAUAGGUCAGGAGGUGCCGGGGAGCAAGCCAUUCUUGAGAACCCUGGCAAUGUGGAUCACAUGAUGGGUCAGAUAAAGAAACGAGGCCUGGAUGUGAAAUCCUUCCUGGAAGGGAAAAUGGUGGUUCUCUCUCUUGCGAUUGGAUUGGCUGAGCAGGACGAUUUUGCACAUCUGCCCGACCUACAGGAAGUACCACCCAGUCAAGAAACCCCCCCUGACAUGAGUAGGAAUAUGGGGAAUAAGCAAGCUAACAGUCCUAAGGGUCAGCCUCCAGAUGCGGACGGGCAUUCAUCAGUGUCGGACCUUGCCAACUCACUCACUGGAGACAUGGUGAUGUUGUCUCCAGGGUCAGAAGAUGACGACCACGAAGGUCCUAUUAGCGAGAAACUGGGCAGGAUUCAGUUCAGCUUGGGCUACAGCUUCCAAGACACCACCCUUACGGUGAAAAUCCUCAAAGGUCAGGACCUGCCCGCAAAAGACUUCUCUGGGACCUCUGACCCCUUCGUCAAAAUCUACCUGCUGCCUGACAGAAAGCACAAACUCGAGACCAAAAUCAAGAGAAAGAACCUAAACCCUCACUGGAACGAAACAUUCCUAUUUGAGGGGUUCCCGUAUGAGAAGGUUCGGGAAAGAACGCUUUAUCUCCAGGUGUUGGACUACGAUCGGUUCAGCCGUAACGACCCGAUCGGUGAAGUCUCCAUUCCUCUGAAUAAGGUGGAGCUUGGACAAUUGAAAACAUUCUGGAAGGAUCUCAAACCUUGCAGUGAUGGCAGCGGAAGACGUGGAGAUCUGCUGGUGUCGUUGUGUUAUAAUCCCACUGCCAACACCAUCACUGUUAACAUAAUAAAAGCACGCAAUCUCAAAGCCAUGGACAUCGGCGGCACCUCAGACCCCUAUGUAAAAGUAUGGCUAAUGCACAAAGACAAGCGUGUGGAGAAGAAGAAGACAGUCACCAUUAAGUGCUGCCUGAACCCCAUUUUUAACGAAUCCUUUCCAUUCGACGUGCCAGCACAUGUUCUCCGGGAAACCACCAUCAUCAUCACCGUCAUGGAUAAAGAUCGGCUCAGCCGCAACGAUGUCAUCGGAAAGAUCUACUUGUCAUGGAAGAGCGGUCCAGCUGAAGUCAAACACUGGAAGGACAUGUUGAGUCGGCCACGUACUAACGUGGCGCAGUGGCACGCCCUCAAAGCCUGAUCGGCCCUCUCCAUAUCCCAUAUCCCCGACCCCAUUUGACCUUUGACCAGAACCCUGUCCUUAUGCACAAGACAAACUUGCUGCCAGACGGCACAACACGGGUACUUUUAGCCAUCCACUCUUAUAACCUUUAACUCUCGAGCUUCAAACUUCAAUCUUUCUACCUUCUCUCAAUCUAUUUCCCAUAGUCCUCUCUUCUUCCUUGUUGUUUGUCUUUAUGUUAAACUGGUAACAUGUAGUGUAAAGGCAUGUGCAUUAAGCAAACAUCUAUUUGUAUUGAUAAUGUUGCAACAAAAUAUUUUACCAUUGUUUUGAUUUUAAAUCUAGUACUUGUAAAAUCAGGGUUUGGGGAAAUCCAACCCUGUUGAAAAAAACCUCUCAAAGCUGUUUUGCUGGUCUUAGCUGGUCUCCCAACCUUGUCAAACUGGUCUUUUGGCUGAUAUUAAAUGGGAUUUAGGCACCAGAUGGCCUCCCAGCUAGACCAGUCGAGGACCAGCUUUGCCAGCCCAUCGAUUUAUCUUAGGCUGGUUUCAACAGUUUUUUUCAGCAAGGAAAUCCAACAGAGCCAUUUAAAAUGGCCUGAAAGUGCUCGCACAGUAACUACACGUUACCAGGACGUUUCUCUUUUGUUUACUUAACUAUAUAUCCCUUGUGUGCCUAGGCCGGAGAGGUCUUAAAUCUCUCUGAUCUGUGUACACCUCACCUCGAGUCUAUCCCUCAUCAUAUAACACCAACUCCUCGUCUAGACCCAGGUGCUCAUGGGAGCUCAUUUGCCAGCCUUUAAAUUGGCCACUGCAGAAACGGAUCAAGUCGCAGGAACUCUGGUAGUUGUAUUUUUCCAGGGCUCAGACAUCCCAUGUGAAUCUAAGGGCUCGUGAGGGCCCCUGUAAUUAAAGCCAUGAGGGAAAACGACAGUCUCUCGUUUUCCUUUACGUCGCCAUUAAUAGUUGUUUUUCAGUCCCGGAACUCUCCAAGCCUUUUUCCAUGUCUUUCCCACUUGACCUGAUUUUCCGUGUCUUUGUUCCCUCCAUGCCUUUAUUUCUGUCUCUACUGCUUCCAAAACAUUUACAAAACCUAGUGAGCAUCCUACACAGGCGAUGCCAAGGUUGUUAAAAUGGUAGGUGACUUAAUUACGGUGCCUUCUGAGAUAUCUUGUUUAAGGCUCCUUUGUUAAAAAAGAAUGCACUGUGAUGAACUCGAUCACCCGUUUGAGUACGGACGUACGUUAUGUAUGUUCAGCCAAAACUUGAUGGCAAUGUGUCGGCCAAGCGUUUGCAUCAGUAAUCAAGAAGCAGCUGUCUAUGUAGGCAACGAGUCAGCUCACUAGGUUUUGGAACAAGACUUAUCUCUCUAUCUGCCCUUCUGUCUUUCCUUUGCUACGUAAACAGUUCCAAUUUGUUCAGCUGAAAGCCAUCCACAUAGGCAUCUUGAGACUUACAGAAAACAAAUAGACUUCACCAUCCUUGUCUCUUUUCCUUUUUUCUCUGUGGUUUUCUCUUUAUCGCUGGCACAAUAGUAGUGAAAUCCUUUUUUGUUUUUCCUCGGGAUCCCUUGUUGUCCGUGUGCUGUGAGUGACGUGUUGUAGAAAUCCAAAAUAACGCAAAAAAAAAACAAAACAAACAGCCACCAGUGGACAGAGAAAAGAAAAAACAUCCUCAAAAGGAUCGUUCCAGGUCUUCUGGGACGUAUGGAGAAAAGUAUGGAAUUCUGGAUGGAAGUGGAAAAAAAAAACUACUACAAAAAAAAAAACUUGAUGUCAUCUUUUUAUCAUAAAAAAUACGUUUGAAGGAACCAAUCAAAAAUGUUCUUCCAGACUGUGAAAAAAUAGGAGCAAAAAUGUUAUUGAUUUUUGCGGCAAGUGCGCUGGAUAGUUCUCGCCACACCUUGCUCUUGUGACGUGUUUUUGUGUGUGUGUGUGUGUGUGUGUGUGUGCUCAUAGGGGAUCAUCUUUUCAAAAAUCCUUCCAUUUACAGAAAAGAAACCUGCCUUUACCAGUGUAUGUGUGCGCAUGAGACCGAAUUGGGGGUCUGUAUAUGGGCAAAUCUCAUGUAAAUGUGUCCAGGUUGUAUUUCACCCCAAAAUCAAAAGAAAGCAAAAACAUUUUGGCCAUAUAAGAAAAUGAAGAUUAUUUGUUACAUAACUUUUUUUGCCGUUAUGACCCAACCCAGUAAACACAGUAAAAAUGACUGUACUGCAAUAAUGCUUACAUUUGAUGAUAUAUAAUGUAACGUUUUUGAAAAUACUUCUUUACUUACCAAUGAAAGUGACUUUUUUGAAGGCGAUUAUCCUGACAAAAAUGAGUCAAAAAUGCACUUUUCAAUGGAGAAAAUAUGGAGCCAUGUGACAUGUGCACAUGUGCUGAAAGAGAAAACACAAUAGACCCCUGUGAGUCUUGAGACCACUUCUUCUGCAUUUUCAUUGGUUAGUAUUUGAGCUCUCCUCCCAUAUAUAGCAUUGCCCAAUUAAAUGGAUGUCUCAUUUGAUUAAAAAACAACUAAAAUAGGCUGUUUUGCCAGGAGGCAACACGGUACCAU